AUGUCAAAAAAGAUGUGUAAAGUACAGUCAGGCCGUUUUUGUUACGUUUGUGUUGAACUUAUUAUAUCUAAGAAAGGAUAUCCCAUAACGGAAUUACUCAAAGAAGCAUACCUUGUUAACAUGUCUCCGAAAAUUCAUUUCCUUUACCCCCACCUCGAUUUCUUCUCUGAAAACCAUAGACACGUCAGCGGUGAACACGGAGAGCGUUUUCACCAGGAUCUUAAAUUUUUUGAGCAAAAUUAUCAAGGAUACUGGGACGAAGCUAUGUUAGGUGACUAUUGCUGGUCUAUAAUGAGAGACAUAGAUACAAAUAAAUACAAAAAAAGCUAA